AUGGAAGGGGUGCAAAUACAAAGCACUAAAGAUCAAGAAGAGGAGAUUGAAAUUCAAUACACAAUCAGCUACCAAUACCUAAUAGCGAAGAAUAUACCUAUGUUAGAAGCAUGCAAUGUAGCACUAUAUGCGGCAGCCACAGCAGCAGUUAGAGCCAACGAAGACGCCAGCCAUAUCAAACAAGACCAAGGAGAGAAACUGAUAAAGAAAAUAGCGAAUAAGAUCAAGAAAAUCAACAAACUCAGAAGAGCAUUAGAGAGUACAGUAGAUAAGAUCAAGAAGAAUAUGAAACCAGCCAGAUACACAGUAUAUGACGUUCAAUGCGAACUGUGUAGAAGCGAAGAUAAAGAAUUUACAAGCGUUGAAGACUGGAUACAUAGACUACAUCAAAAAGAUAAGAGAAGAAGCAAAAUGAAAGCAAAGCAUACUCAUUACAAUAACCAAAACAACACGCAACAACAGGAAAUACAGACAACAACGAGAGCAUUUGAGUUCUGGAGCCAACUCUGGAACCCACCAUCUACGGAAGCAACCAACUACGACGAGCUUGAAUGGAUACAAAGAGUGAAAGAUAGCAACCAAUUCAAGAGCAUCAAAGAGACCAAGUUUGAAAUCGAAGGAGCUGACAUAUCCAACUACACUAAAAACAAGAAGAACUGGUCAGCUCCAGGCCCAGAUGGAAUUUGCAACUACUGGAUUAAGAGGAUUAAGAGAUACCAUGAGGACUUAGCCGAAGCCUUCAAUGAGUACCUAAACUUGGAUAUCAUGGAGUUCCCUAAAUGGUUCUGUGAAGGAAUAACAUACCGGAUCCACAAGGGAGGUGACAAAGAGGACGAAGCCAAUUACCGACCAAUCACAUGCAUUAACAACACAUCAAAUGGAACACCAAGUUAUUCAUAUCCAAGAAUCAAACCACAACUACAAUACCGAUUACCAAUGGAAUCUUCCAAGGUGAUGCCCUCUGUCCCUUCCUGUUCUGCCUUACCAUAA